UCGCCACCGACCGUUGAAUGCGUACAUUUAUAUAUAUUGACGAAAAUAUAUAUUUUUGUUAAUUAAAAAAUUGGUUGGUUUUAUAAUAAAAUAAUAAAUUCAACGAUACUUGAUUUUUGAUACAAAUAAAUCCUAUAAUUCUGGGAGGACAGUGAAGCCAGGCUGGGGUGGUGGGUCAGACCGGCCAUGCCACGCGUCCAAUCCCUAGCCAGGUUUCACGAAACUCUGUGCCUCCAAAAGAAAAUCCCCCACCAACGCCUGAAUUCGAAUGCGAUUCUGCAAAACCCCUAACAUCCCAACCUUUGUGUUUGAUUGCCAGAUUGCCAAAAUGCCUGAUCCGCUGGACAUGUCUCUCGAUGAAAUCAUCAGAAAUAAGAAGAAAUCCGCAGGAGUUAGCAGCAAUGUCAGAGGCAUAGGUUCCGGUCCCGGCCCCGGCCCAGCUCGCCGUUUCGGGAACCGCGAACUGCUCAGAACGACGCCGUAUUCGGUUGCCCCGGUCAAUUAGGGGGGGUUUUGUUGUUUUAUUCUUUUGCAUUUGAUGAGACUACUUCCUGUUUGGUUUUGCUUCUGAAAAGCAGAAGCCUCGAAUUAACUGACUUACUGUGUCGAGAGUCUUUACUGGGGGUCUUUGAAUUUUUCGAUUUAUCUCAUUUUCCUGCAUUUCCUUUUUCUCAGAAGAAACGAAGGUGUCCUACGGCUUCUGUUUUCUGUUCUACUUGUUCUUUGCAUUUUCUUUGUGUCCCUUUUUUGGUUGAGAUAGACAACAAAAAUGACAAUGUGUUGUGUUACUGAGUGCAAUGCAGGUUUUUCAAGUGCUGGAAGCAGCAUGGAAGCAGGAAGUGUUUACAGGUGGAGUGUCUACAAUGGAGACUGGUACCAAGCUGUAUAUUUCGAACUUAGAGUACGGUGUUUCUAAUGAUGACAUUAAGGAGCUCUUUUCCGAGGUUGGUGAACUGAAACAAUACUCAAUCCAUUAUGAUAAGAGUGGAAUAUCAAAGGGGACAGGCGAAGUUGUCUUUUUGCGUCAGACAGAUGCUCUAGCAGCCAUUAAGAGAUACAACAAUGUUCAGCUUGAUGGUAAGCCACAGAAAAUAGAUCUUAUAGGAGCAAAUUUCUAGGCUCCUGCAGUUGUGCAGCCAACUACAAAUGGCAUAAUGGGAAAACCAAAAGGCUUUUUCAGAAGGUAUGCACUUUUCUGAUCUUUACCACAUUCAUCUCUUGUUUCUUUGCAUUAUCUUUUUCUUUUUCUUUU